GCUGACUUCAGAUUUCGUCGCUGUUGCUCUUCAUGGACCCUGACAUCAGAUGGCAGAGGCUUUGACGGAGGGCUUUGGCCAGUUUGGAAACAGUUUCCAGUUGGCAGAUAUGGUGAGGCACAGCGUGAUGACCGAGCUGCAAGCCUUCCAGCACUCUCUCCAGGGCAGCUCCCUGGCUGUGGGCCAAGUAAGGGAUAGCUGUGAGGGAAUUCAGCAGAACGGAAUCGCCACAGAGGAGCGUCAGGGCCUCUCCCAGGGUCCAGCAGAGAUUGAGAAGAGCCAACCACUGAACAUCCCAGAUGCGGCUAAAAGGAGAAAGAAGAAGAGAACGAGAGCAACGGACAGCUUUACAGGCAGUUUUGAUGACCUGUAUAAGCUGACAGAUGAGGUGCUGGGUCAGGGGGCAUAUGCCAAAGUCCAAGGAUGCAUUAGCCUGCAGAACGGGAAGGAGUUUGCUGUCAAGAUCAUAGAGAAGAGUGCCGGCCACAGUCGCAGCCGAGUUUUCCGAGAAGUUGAGACACUUUACCAAUGUCAAGGAAACGGGAACAUUUUGGAACUGAUCCAGUUCUUUGAAGAUAGCUCCUGCUUUUACUUGGUAUUUGAGAAGUUGCGUGGAGGCUCCAUUUUUACACACAUCCAGAACCGGAAGUAUUUUGAUGAGCUGGAGGCUAGCAAAGUAGUCAGGGACAUUGCUCAGGCUCUUGAUUUCCUCCACACUAAAGGCAUUGCCCACAGAGACCUCAAGCCAGAGAACAUCCUUUGUGAAUACACUGAUCGUGUGUCUCCAGUAAAGAUCUGUGAUUUUGACCUUGGAAGUGGAGUGAAGCUCAGCAGCGCCUGUACGCCCAUAACGACUCCGGAGCUCACCACACCAUGUGGCUCAGCAGAGUACAUGGCUCCAGAGGUGGUGGAGGUCUUCACGGAUGAGGCCUCCUUCUAUGACAAGCGCUGUGACCUUUGGAGCCUCGGAGUCAUCUUGUACAUCCUGCUCAGCGGCAGCCCUCCCUUCACGGGUCACUGUGGCAGUGACUGUGGCUGGGACCGGGGAGAAACCUGCAAAACCUGCCAGAGUCACUUGUUUGAGAGCAUCCAGCAAGGCAAAUAUGAGUUUCCAGACAAAGACUGGGCUCACAUCUCAGAGGAGGCCAAGGACCUCAUAUCCAAGCUGCUGGUUCGAGAUGCCACUCUGCGCCUCAGCGCCGCUCAGGUCCUCAAGCACCCCUGGGUGCAGGGGAAUGCCCCAGAAAGAGGUCUUCCAACUCCUCAUGUUCUACAAAGGAACAGCAGCACCAAAGACCUCACCCAGUUUGCAGCCGAUGCUAUCGCCUUCAACCGGCAGCUGUCCCAGCACGAUGAGGAGCAGGAGGACGCUGGGACAGUCGUGUGCUCCAUGAGGCUUUCUCCACCCUCAAACUCCAGGCUGGCACGGAGACGAGCGCAGUCCAACGCCUUACGCACCGGGGACUUCAUGCCCGCUGCAGAGAACCUCUCAACCUGACCGGCCAGCACACAAACCUCAGAGUGCAGCAGCACUGUGAACGUACUGUUGUGUUUGUAUUCCCACUGGUGUCAGACUUUUGCAUCUCCAUCGUUCAUUCUUAUGAGUAGGUCUUGUAGGUUGAAGGAUAGAUACAAGUUGGCUUGGCAUGGCUGAAAUGAACACACACACACACACACACAAGAGUACACUUCUAUUUUCUCUGAAUGAUUUUAGCCUUUACCCUCUCCUUAUUUUUUCCCACAGGGACCCUCCCAGGAUUAUCCUCACAGUAUUAGAAAUGACUAAACUGUAGCUGUUGUCAGCCUAACUGCUGUGUAGCUUCUUAUACUGUGAUCCUGUUGUUCCAGCUCUGUCUCAUGGCCAGUAAUCUUAUCACCUAGAAACAGAGAGUUGGAGCUCUAAGGGGACACUUUAUCCUUAGCUGCCAUUUCCUUAUUGAAAAUACAGUUGAAUCUCCUGAGAUUUAGUAGUUUUGGGUUAGUUUUCUCAAUUUAAUACUGCAUAGAGUUUAUUCUUCUCUGUAAUAAUACAGCUUAUGAUGAGCCCAGUGCAGCGAAAACCUCUCUUUAUGCCAGCAGUUUAUUCAGCUAUCCUGUCGAUGCAUAUCAUUACCAGCAAAAGGCACUACAGUUACACAGCUGUCGCUGUCUUAAUGCAAUAUCUUUCUAUUUUAUAGAUUUUAUGUGUUGUUAAAACUGUGAACUGGUUUCCAUAUUUAAAUAAUAUUUAAUCAUUGCUUAGCCGCUUGAUGACUCAAGGGAUGGCCUCAUUUUUUUAUGAUUUUUUUUUUUUUUUUUUUUUAAGCCUGUCUUAACUGUAUGUGAUUUAAUGGGUGUGAAUGCAUGUUGGCUAAAAGGUAAAAAUGGACUACACUUAGAGGGAGUUAUCCAUCAAUUGUGGAAUCGGGCUUUCCCUCCAUAAACUUAGCUCUUGCAAGUCCAUCAUUAUUGAUUUCAUUCCUGUAAAGUUUUGAAACAACACAUGUAGAACUUAAGGAAAGCGCUGUAGGGAGAAUUGUGAAUGAACACUCGUUGAAGUUGGAGAGGUUCAGUGUUUGAUCAAAUUGUUUCGUAUUUCUUAUUUAGUUUCAAAUUGUUUCAUAGUUAUUAAAAAUCUCCAGCUUUCACUUCCAAACAAGCUACCUGUGGCACUGCUGUACUUUGAUAUAGGUCACUUACUUAGAGUUACCAUAAAGGUAGCACAAUAUAAUAUUGUAAAUGAUCAGUUUAGUUCAAAGACAUGAAUUCAGUACCUGAUAUUUAUUUUUGAAAGGAAUUUUAAAAACAGGCUAUCCUCAUUAGUACCAGCAUUACCUCAGAUUCCUCAGUUGCACCACGUCUUUGCACGUUUUGUACAGAUGCAAGGCCAUCCGGAAUAGACUUGCUUGAUCUCUCAAUAAGUGUCUUAUUGAUUUGAUAUCUCAGUGUACUGUCAGUCAGAACGAAUAUGAAAUGUGAGAAUUGCAUUUGUUUCAGGUUGUGUAUGAUAUAGUUUUUUGUUGGUUUUAAAUUUAAUGUGACCUAAAAGGGUUGUUGUGUAUAGUUCAUAUUGCGUUGAUGAUGAUAGGAUAGCGUAGUCCAUUCUGGGUUUAAAGGACCUAUUUUUAUAGCAGUAUUUGUAUGGAUUGUGUCGUUGGUUACGUAUACUUGGCUCUGUAAAUGUUCUGUUGAGAAGAAUGAUGGACAAGUUUGGUUUAGAUCAAGGUGCUGAUGACAGUUCGCCUCUGCAUUAGAUUUUUACUUUUUAAAGAAAUAUUUUACACUUUUUAUUUGUGAGAGUUUGACCGUUUUGCUCAUUGAAGAGCCCUUAUGUUUUAAUGGGGUCACUGAUGGGAGUCUAGCACUUAUUUCCCCUUACCCUAUUAACUUUGUAUGUUGCCCACUAAUGUAAACUGCACGUCCCCAGAUUUCACACUGUUGCCAUGGACACACCAUCCCUAUAGCAACUAAGGGCCUUCACAGGCUGGUAGGAAUUGAUCGAGAUCUGCUCUGGGAGAGUGCACACAUUAGGAAACAACCAUUUGCUAUGUUAAAGCCCUCUUACUCCCAUUAUGAAUCAUCAAAGUACUUGUUUGUUUUUCCCUAAACUGUAAUGGCAUUGGAUGAGAUACAGUAAUUGGUAUGCAAUUAUGGAAUCCCAUGAGAUAAUUUGUCAAUGCUCAUACGGGGUCCUAUGCAUAAUGCUCUCAAUGUAGAGUAUACUCACAUUAUAUUUUCACUGGUAUGCUGUGUUCUCAAUAAAAAAAAGAAAAAAAAAAUU